AUGUACGAAAAUAAAAUAUUUGAAUAAAUUUUUGCUUCGAACAGAGUAACUGCGUUGUCGGCAUCCAGAAUUUUUGGGUGAAAGUUUAAGCCGAAAAAAAAAUUAUCCUGUACCAAAAAAAAGUUCAUCGCAAGCACAAACGAUCGGUUUGCUGUAGCAAUCACCACCUGUUGAUACCCCUAGGGUAAAACAUGCUGCCGUAUUUCUGAUCUUUUUAUUCAAUUAUUGAUCAAAUAGCAGCAGAAAAUUGCAUCUAACUGAUAUGUGGUGAGUAGUUAUCUUGUUCCCCCGCAAUGGAGAUAGAAAAUCUGCCAAACGAGAUUCUAGAGAAGAUCUUGCGUUUGCUGCGAAUGGAAGAUUUGGAGAACGCAGCGUUGGUUUGCCAUUCGUGGAAGGAAAUCAUCCUCGCAGUGGUGAUUCCGAAAAAUCACGUCAUACAUCUGAAACCGGUUCAUCCAGUUACGCAUCAGUUGAACGAACUUCCUACGUUGCUUUCCUCCCAAGCAAUGAGUCCCUUUCCUAAAUACCACUAUAAAAUAACGAUCCCCAGCGAUGAGUUACCAAAACGUGAAGCCUUCAUCGAUUUUUUUGAAACCUGUGGUCUCCGUAUGAAAUCACUCAGCUUGCAAAUUAUGCAGCUGACCGAGAAUAUCCUGCAGAUUUUCUGCUACCUGCAAAACCUGGAGGAACUUUCACUGAUCACCGAAUCGGACAACGCUUUCGGGAAGAAACCUGCAAACCCUGAGACUUACCUCUCAGCACUGAAGAACCUUAAAUCUUUGAAACUGCUUCUUCCAAACUACUUCCUUUUGCAAAACGCUUCCCUACUCGCGUUCGCUCCACUGCGUACGCUUUCGUUGGAACGUUUCACCGUAGAACUCCACCAGCUGAAACCAUUUCUACAGCAGCACGCGGGCACACUGCGUGUGCUUACGGUACGGGUUGAAGAGUUGAAGCCCUUGCUGCAGUUCAUGAACACCCUGCCGGAUCUAAAGCUGCUUCAGCUGGCCAUCAAAAGCGAUGGAAACGAAGACGACUUCACCGAUGCCCUGCUUCAAUUGUUCGACCAGCAACAACAACUUCGUGUUCUGAAGGUCGGCUCCGAACUAUCACUUCGUGCUGUCGCUGCUCUACCCCGAAAACUCCCUAAUCUGGAAGAGCUGGAAUUGAUUGCUGAGAGCAUCCACGACUGCCGAGCCUUUGCGCAGUUGAAAUACUUACGCAAACUAUCGAUGUCACUGUACGAUGUGCGCGCCUGGGACGAAACGGCUGCCCUCGAAAGUGUGCUAGAUUUCUCGCUCUCCGUAACUUUUCCAUUGAUUUCACCCGCUAUUUUCUGCUCGUUUCCAAACAUGAAACGCUUCUAUCUGGAGGACGUCGACGACGACACUCUGAUGCGUGAUAUUAUUGUAGUGGAGACAUUGAUGCGGCAGGUACAGGACGUGGAAUAUCUCGACCUGGAAAACUAUGUGCUAAAGGAACGAGAAAUUUUGAACGAUUGCGUACCACGCUUCGACGGUCUCACCCGCUUGAGGAUGCUGAAGUACAGCUGCCGCGAUAUGUCGGAUGCCUCACUACUGGCGAUGGACUUACCCGAGUUGCGCGAGCUCUACCUAACGCACUGUCCCGGAGUAACAUUCAAGGGAAUCUCGUGUCUGGUUCGAUGUUGUCCACUGAUCGAAACGCUACACGUGGAAUACAACAAAACCGGCUUCAACGAUGAUUGUGUUGGGAUCAUAACGAAAAAGCUAACCCGGCUGAGGAAACUUUAUCUGAUCAAUUUAAGGGAUCUUACAAAUGAAUCUAUUGAAUCCAUAUUGACGAACUGCAGCCGAUUGAGGGAGUUAACCUUUUCCUAUUGUGUUGGAAUAACACUGACGAAAGCGGAUGCAAUAGAAAAAUUGAGUUCCAUCAAAACGUUACGCAGCUUAAUCUUCAGCUGAAGCUUUCUAUUAGUCGCAGGUACCUCUUUAACCUGUAGAAAUGGUCGAAACUUCAGAUAUUACUAGAGUAGAUUUCCAUUCCACAAUGUUCUUUGUAGCCAGUUGAAUAAACUUUGAAUUAACUAUCGUGAUGCUGUAGAAA